AUGAACAAGUGGUUCGUCCCAAAGGGUGAUGACUCCAAGGUCCUCAUCGGCGAGCCCGUUAAUAACCAAGUCGACGUCGGUGCCGCCGUCCGCAAGGGCGAAGACGUCGAAGUGACCGUCUACUCCGGCACCUCCGUUCUUGACGCCGGUUCUCCUACCGGCAACAAGGCCACCAUCGGCCGUAUUCUGUCUCCCGUUACUGCCCAAGAGGCUGGCACCAUCCGCUGCAUUGGCUUGAACGUGAGCUCCUCCCGCCCACAACCUCUCUCUACACCACCCAAGGUGCUUAGAUUUUGGAGCUAA